UUUGGUAUGAUACCAUGGAAGGGCAGCAUAACCACCCGCAUCAUCUAGGGGACCAGAACAACCCUCUUUGCAAGCUGCCGGGGCAGGAAUAUCAGCAUGAUCCUCAGAGACAUUUAACAUCGUACCCAUAUCGCUGCACACUGGCAGAUUUUCAGAUAGAGAAAAAGAUUGGACGAGGACAAUUCAGUGAAGUUUACAAAGCAACUUGUCUUCUGGACAGAAAACCUGUGGCAUUAAAGAAAGUUCAGAUUUUUGAAAUGAUGGAUGCCAAGGCUAGGCAAGAUUGCAUUAAAGAAAUUGACCUCUUGAAGCAACUGAACCACCCCAAUAUAAUUAAGUAUUUGGAUUCUUUUAUUGAAGACAAUGAACUUAACAUUGUCCUGGAACUGGCCGACGCUGGUGAUCUCUCGCAGAUGAUUAAGUAUUUUAAAAAGCAGAAACGGUUAAUCCCGGAAAGGACAGUGUGGAAAUAUUUUGUGCAGUUAUGCAGUGCAGUUGAACACAUGCACUCCCGCAGGGUGAUGCACAGAGACAUAAAACCUGCCAACGUGUUUAUAACAGCCACAGGGGUGGUGAAGCUGGGAGAUCUUGGAUUAGGCCGGUUUUUUAGUUCUAAAACCACUGCAGCACAUUCCUUAGUGGGAACUCCAUACUAUAUGUCCCCAGAAAGAAUACAUGAAAACGGCUAUAACUUUAAAUCUGAUAUCUGGUCUUUGGGCUGUUUAUUGUAUGAGAUGGCAGCUCUUCAGAGUCCUUUCUAUGGAGAUAAAAUGAACCUGUUCUCUCUUUGCCAAAAAAUAGAGCAAUGUGACUACCCGCCUCUUCCAGCUGAACAUUAUUCUGAAAAGCUGCGGGAGCUGGUCAGCAUGUGCAUAUACCCAGAUCCAGAUCAAAGACCCGACAUUGGUUACGUGCACCAAAUAGCAAAACAAAUGCAUGUUUGGACCUCCAGCACAUGAACCAUCUGCGGACGCUCUCAAGAAGCCAGCACAGCUCAGUCUUACUUGAAUUUUUUUCUCAGAUGAAACCGCCUGGUGCCCAGUCACCCAGUGAGAGGGUUGAGCGCUCGUAGCGAGACGCUCCAUUAUUUGUGCAGGUUAUUUGACAAGGACUCUUACAAGGUGGUCAUGCUUUAACGUGAAGAUUCUGUGAGGUAUUGCAAGUGAUUUUUUUUUUUUUUUUUUUUAAGGCCAAUAACAUGUUACAGACGUAGAUCAUUUAAGGGUCCUUUCUUAAAACUGUCGUGUGUAAUCUAGGAUAGAUAUUAACCAGGGUGUCCGAGCAUUUGACGCACCCCUUCUAUCUUAACUGUAAUGUGAAAUAUUGAAAUAAUUCCUUCAGUGAAAUCACUUUAUACUAAUGUAAAAUUACAGUAGAUUUUGUGUAAUUUGUAUAACUGCUACUUCGCCUCUUCUGCAAAUGGUUAAUAGCAAAUUCAGUUUUUACUUCGUAUAUUUUAAAGCAGCCAUUUAUGUGUUUUUAUUAAUUCCCUCCUCUUCAGACUUAGGAACUGGGAAGGGCUGGGGGGUGGGAAACACAUUUGUUUCAAGGUUUCUUUUUUUUUAAUUGAAAAUUUAGAGUGAGUAUUUCGCUGAUGCAUUUCUCUGUUCACUUGGCUCAGCCAAUGCGAUGAGGUAAGCGGGUACCUGGGGAGAAAAGAAAAACGUGCCAACCUGACCCAAAACAAGCGUUGCUUCUCUUUAGCCUCCUUUGGCAUGAUUCUUUUUAGACUACAGGUUCUUGUUAAAAACCAGUGUUUAUCUAAGCCAGCUAGAUUUUGGUGAAGAUACUUUUACACGGUCGGUAGUACCUUAGGUACUACAGGGAAAAGUUAAGCAAAGCAGUGUUUUAAACACUUUGAAAAUUUUUAAAAAAGAAGUAAAAUGCUUUGUGUAUCUAAUUCUACAUGAGGAUCAGCCCCCGUCUAUUUAACUGUGAAAGCUAAUUUACAGAAUGUGAAUUUUUAUAAAAUCUCAACCUGAUUUGAAGGAGUCAUCUUCUUUAACUACAUGGAAAUUUUCAACCAACUAAAUUCAUUCAUUGAAUCAAUGAUUUGUUUCAUUACUGUUGAUGAAAACUAUUCACUGCUUUAGGAACAAACGUGGAUUCACGUUCAAGUGUUUCCAUU